GCCACGGCGAGGGAGACAGUGAACACACUGACUGUCUUCCUUAUGCUUCGGGUCAUGGUUUAUUUAACAGGCUUGGGGCUUAGGUUACAAGGCACCAGAGGGGAUUCUGAGUUUAAUCUUAGACAUAAUCAGGAUUUGAAUCAACAAAUAUUUGUUGAGCAGUCAUUUACUAACCGGCAGGACUUCGUUUUCGGUAUGAGGUAGGUAGGUGUACAUGUGCUGAGAGGCGGAGUAGUUACCCAAAUGAGCAAGCAUUUGUUUUUUGAAAUGCAAGGGAAUAGGAAGACCGCGGUGUGACUGGACUUGUUGCCUGCAGGUGGCCAGUUGGCACCGUGUCAGGACUGAACCAGAAAAUCUAAGCGGGACACAGGCACCUGUGUUUGCCUCUCUCUUGGGAGCCCACCUCGCACCUUCCAGAACUAUUUUAAAGUAAGCCCCUCCUUUGGUGGAGGCUGGAACUUCCUUUCAUUUACCUAAAUACAUAGCAACCACGAACUAGAAUCUCAGCCCUGAUGUUCCCUGGGAACUAAGUCGUGCUGACACACACCUGAGAUGACUGAGGAUCAAGAUCACCUCAAGAGCUCUUUGUGAUUAUAAAAUGGUGGCGAGAAAGCUCCGUGGGGGGUGGGUGGCUGAAGAUGUCUGCCCCAUGUUGAGCUGGGCUGAAUUCCAGGCUCGAUCCUAGUGUUGUGCAAUUCCAUAUUGGAGCAUGAGACAAGACCAAGAGAUCAGGAAGACUGACCCCGUCCUUUACUUAAGAUUGAGUGACCUGGACAUGAUUUCCACAAGGGUGAUGGACAUUAAACUUCGGGAGGCUGCUGAAGGCCUUGGGGAAGACAGCACAGGAAAGAAAAAGUCCAAAUUUAAAACAUUUAAGAAGCUGUUUGGGAAGAAGAAGAGAAAGGAAACAGCACCCACAGGAAACAGCGCCUGGAAGCAAAAUCCGGCCAAGAGCGAGGUUAUCACUAUCGAGGAGUCGGGCCCUGUGUAUGACUCUGAAGAUGAACUGGAGGAGUCCAGGGGCACCAUGGGCAGCCGGGCCCUCUCCCACGACAGUAUUUUCUUUCCUGAAUCGGGACAGGACCCUGCUCGGCCUGUGCGGGUGUUCUCCCAAGAAAAUGUGUGUGACCGGAUCAAGGCUUUGCAGUUAAAGAUACAAUGUAAUGUGAAGUUGGGGCCACCGCCUCCAGGAGGCCUUCCUAUCAAGCGGGCAGAGGAAACCGGCAUGAGUUCUGAGGAUGACGGACUGCCCCGGAGUCCACCAGAGAUGUCUCUGCUGCACGACGUGGGUCCAGGCCCAGCUAUAAAGAUCCUGGUGUCCUCAUCCCGGCCGCAGUCUCCCGACCACAUGAGCGAUGCCUCCGUCUCGUCUCGGACCUUGGAUGGCAGCCUGGCACCUGUGGUUGACUUCAGCCACCCUCCUGAAUUCUCCUCCUGCCUGGACAACUCUGCAGCUAAACACAAGCUGCUGGUGAAGCCCCGCAACCAGCGAUCAAGUAAAUUAAGGCGGCUGUCUUCGAGGGCACAGUCUGAAUGCCUGAGUGAUCUGUCAUGGACCUUAGAGGAGGAAGACUAUGAAGAGAAGUCAUUGUUCCAUGUCAGCAUGGAAGAGAGCCCAGAUGUUAGACAGCGGGAUUUGAUGCCAGGCAGAAGGUCCGAGUUUGGAGGACCUGCAACCUUGCUGUCACCUGGAGGGGCCUGUGCCAGGCGUGCUCGCCUACAGCACAGCACGGCAGUCAGUGCCAGCAUGGAGGAGGGAGGCUCUCUUGGAAAUGAACCCUCAAGCCUCCCGGCCACGCCAGAGGUCAGCGAGCCCAUGGCGGUCUCAGUCCCAGGCUUAGAGUCCCUAUCUCUGCUAGAAAGUUCUCCAUACCAUAUUCCUCGUGUUGAAAUCAAGAAGGAAGAGCUGUCCACUGGAGGCCUGUGUCCCCUAGUGGAGAGUACAUCAAAGGAGGCUCCUUGUGGUUCUGGAGAUGUGGAAACCCCACUAUCUACUGAUAUCCCUGAGAGGGAUGUGGUACCUUCCAAGGAGGGCUCUGCCCCUCCAGAGGGAGACCAAGCAUUUCCUGAAGGAGACACAACACUCCCUGGAGGGGAUACUCUACCUCCUGAGGGAAACACAACACCUCCCAAGGGUGUCAUGGCACCUCCUGAGAGAGACAUAUCACCUUCCAAGGACAAUAUGUCACCUCCCAAGAGGAUCAUGGCACCCCCAGAGAGAGACAAGUCACCUUCUGAGGGAGAUGUGGCACCUCCCAAGAGGAUCAUGGCACCCCCAGAGAGAGACAAGUCACCUUCUGAGGGAGAUGUGGCACCUCCCAAGAGGAUCAUGGCACCCCCAGAGAGAGACAAAUCACCUUCUGAGGGAGAUGUGGCACCUCCCAAGAGGAUCAUGGCACCCCCAGAGAGAGACAAGUCACCUUCUGAGGGAGAUGUGACACCUCCCAAGAGGAUCAUGGCACCCCCAGAGAGAGACAAGUCACCUUCUGAGGGAGAUGUGGCACCACCUAAAGGGAUCAUGGCACCCCCAGAGAUAGACAAGUCACCUUCUGAGGGAGAUGUGGCACCACCUAAAGGGAUCAUGGAGCCUCCUGAGAGGGACAUGUUACUUCCAAAGGGAGACAUACCACCUGCUAAGACUAUCACUGAUACCAACUUGGAGACGCCUUCAGAUACAGAGAGACAAGACCAAAGUGUCCAGGAGGAGGAGUUGACCCUGGUGGUACCCAGGCCUGAGAGAGCAACAGGGACAGAAUCUUCCACAAUUCCUGCCCCAAGCCCUCCGGCACCCAAGAGCUGCCUGAAGCACAAAACCUUGGUUCCCAGUGGGUCCGCCGCAGAGUCUCCUCUGAAAGAGCCCAGCCUAUCAGUCCAGGACAAAGCAGCUGUGCCUCCGGCCCGCCACAGGCCAACACAGGCUGCAACCUCAGGAGGUCCAGAGAGGGCAGCCCCGGGAAGAAAGAGCGACCGCAGUGCGGAGCCACAGCGCAGCAGCGUUAAGAGGUUCUCUGUGACCUCGAGCAGGGCACGUGCCCGUGCCAGCAGCUCCCGCCUUCCCGAAUAUUCUGCGCAUGUGCCUGCAGGGGGACGGGCACCCUUGCUGCGGAGUGGCCUUGCCUGGAGGAGUGAGGCAGCACUUGAUGACCUCCAGGUGCCGCCAAAACCACCGGACCGGAAGACAACGGGUGGUGACCCUCAAAACUCAGGGGAUGUGGGGGCCGGCCAGGCAGGACCGGGCAAGAGCCUCCAGGAUGCUGAGUCUUGUGCUGCUACCUUGCAGGAGCCAGCCGCUGGGGAGGACCAGAGCCUCUUCCCAGUCAAGCUGCGCUCCACCUCACUCUCACUCAAAUACAGAGACAGCUCUGCCCAUGAGGCCAAAGCCAUCAAGAGGUACAGCGCCGAAGUCAGGUUGGAGAAAGGUGGCCUGGCUCUGCUCCCCAAGGAUGAACAGAGCCAUGUCGGGGCUGCCCCUGCACUGCGAGGCUCUAGGUCCCCCAAUGGGCAAGGGAAAGGAAAGACCAGGUCUCCUGAGCAGCCCGGUACCAAGCCACCCCUGCCCAGGAAGCCGCUUCUGCAAAGCCUUACUUUGCCGUACCCAGCCGCAGGCCCGGAUACCAGCCCUGGGGAGUCCGAGAGACUCAUACCGGUCAACCAGCCUCCCGAGCCCAGGAAGGAGAAGUCGCCCCAUCAGGGAGCUGAAAAGGGUCAGCCUCCUGCGGCUACAGGUCCUGGGGCUGAUGGGCAACCCACCCCACCCUGGAUAACCAUGGCCCGGCAGAAACGGAGAGGAGCCCCAGACCUGCCAGUCAACCAAGAAGAGAAACCUGGGUCACGGCUCCAGAAGACAGAAACUGGAAAGCAAGCCAAGGUGGCCGAGAGAGUCCAGGAGUCUGUGAAGCAGGGUGACUUCGUCCGAAGCAAAUCUUUCCUGAUGACCCCUGCAAAGCCCCCUGUGACCCAGAGGCAGGGGUCAAAGCUGAGCCUCAAGGAGGGACUGCAGAGAGGAAUCUCGCUGUCCCAUCAGAACUUGGCAGCUCAGGCUGCAGCCACCACAGAGAAGGAACUUCAUCAGCUGAAGAGAGCCAGCUAUGCUAGUUCCGAUCAGCCAUCCUGGAUGGAACUCGCCAGAAAGAAAUCUCAAGCCUGGAGCGACAUGCCCCAAAUCAUAAAAUAGAUUGGCAGCCUGCUGAUGAAGGAUGUCCACUGUAUCGACGAGCCACUUAGUUUUAAACUGCCAAUAAAUCAUGGCAGGCAGACUGUGAAACUUAGGAUUGAUUUUUGUCAACGGGUUGCGAGCAGCUCGGAGAAGAGAGAGGAACCAGGGGGAACAAAGAAGACCAGCAGACAGCCUCAGUGCCGGAGCCAGAGGGGCUGUGGCAAGAAUGUUGCAAAGUCCAGGGGCGCCAUCCAUGGCAAGAAUGUUGCAAAGUCCAGGGGCGCCAUUCCUGAGCUGAGUUGUCAGCCUGAGCCUACGAGUCCCCGGUCUACGCUGCCUCUUGCCAUCAGCCAGUGCCUCUGGCCACCGUCUUGCCGUGGACCACCGUUUUGUGUUUACUAAUAAGCAUGAUGUUUAUGGUAAAGCAGGGAUGCCCUUUUACAAGAGCAGUUACCUAACAAUCCAGUUUCCUGAAGAAACCCACCCCGAGAAGGAGAGGAAGGGACGUGGCAGGGUUUGUCAAUUCAUAGACUGUUUCCAAAAAUAAUUUUUAAACUUUUCCACUAGGCACCUGUGUCCCGAACCAUUGCAAAAUGCAUUGCCUGUUUAAUAAAAAGUUUCAAACACGUUCCUGCUUCCUGGGUUAAUGUUAGUUUUGCUCACAGAGGACAUCUUCCAAGUUGAGGAGAAUACCUUCACACCUCAUUGAGAAAAAAAAAAAACCCUGACUCAGUUGGGAGUUGAGUUUGGGGUGUGUUGGGAAGGGGUUGGUUUGUUUUUAUUGUUCAAAACAAAACAUUGACAUUUGUUUUAGGAAGAAAGAAGAAUUUGUAGAAUUUCUCAUUUGCUCUAUGUAUAACAUUGCAAGAAUAUGAAAUUCCUAAAGACAGUCUGUCCUAGUGACAGAAAUUCCUAGACAGUGCUGUGGUAAACGCUGUAACUAAAAGCAGGUUGGCGAGGAAAGGGUUUAUUUUAGGUGACACAUCCCAGGUCACAGUCCACUCAGGGCAGAAAUUGAAACACAAGCCACGGAGAGAUGCGGCUUACCAGCUUGUUCCUGUGGUGAGCUCAGCCUGCUUUCUUAUACAACAGGGGGCCACCUGCCCAGCCAGGGAUAACACUGCCAGAAGAGAGCUGGGCCCUCUCACAGAGAAUCCCUUAUAGACUUGACGAUGUGCUGGCUAACGGGGCAUUUUUCUCAGUUCAGGUUUCCUUUUCCCAGGUGACCCUGGAAAUAAAAUAAUAGGUAAAUAAAUCUAAGCAGGAUUCCACCCUUCCAGCCUGCAUAGCUCAGUUGACAACUGGUACAGUAGCCAAGAAUGUUGAAUGCAGCAAAAUUGGGCUGGAAGGAAAGUUUGGAAUCUCCAAGUUUCUGCUGCAGUGGCUCCUUACUAGUUGCUUUAAAACAAUCCCAGUUUCUUCCUUCCCACAAGCCAGUUUCUAGGAGUUAAUUCAGCUAGACUCAAAAUCAGUCCAACCUCAUGAUACGUUCUGUUAUAAUCUAAUUUUUACGUGUCCUAAGGGUUGCUACUUUUAGUCUAUUUUUCCAUUCUCAGGAAAAUUCUUUUUCUAGCUGUUAGUACUACCCAAUUUUAUUGCAUCUGCCUCUGUCAAAGGAGUAUGGGACAGUUUCUUUCCACAGACAAAUUGAUUUAUUAAUGACAUUCUCUUAGAGAACAUAAACACAAGAACUCUAAAGCUUUGGCCUGAAUAGUUUUAACUAGAGAAAAUUCAAUCUGUCUGUACUUACCCCAAACCAUCACUUCUCUGGCCAGCAGAGCCUCUCAGAGAAACGCUUUAGAGGCAGUGGUUUCACUACAGGAUCAAAGAGAUGUUCAAUUUUGAUUAAACAGAUAUGACUGUUCUCUGUGUUUCAGAGUGUGUUAGACAGCAGGCUGCAAGUUUUUAGGGCAAUGGGAGAAUUUGGUAGGGUGGUGUCCUAUAACCUCUGCCCUGUGCAUGGAGAUUGGGGUCUGCUAGAAGACCUGGAGGACAGCUAAGCUCGGACAGCCAAGGCUCGGUGACAAUCUAGAAGUCUACAGUGGUAACAACGAUGGGGAAGGCAAGGGAGGAAUCACCAGACUUGAUUCCCCUGAGAAGAAGGAAUGGGCAUUGCUCGGGGUGCGUUGGCCACCUUAGUUACAACCCUCUCUUUCAUCCUUGGGGUGAGUAUUUGUUUCUGUUUCACAGAUGAGGUCAUUGAGGCACAUUGACGCUAAAGCCAUUGAUGGCCUUCAUUUUUAAACCCUACUGUGAAUUGGUGUCUUGUUAGGAUUUUACUGCUGUGAACAGACACCAUGACCAAGGCAACUCUUAUAAAGGACAACAUUUCAUUGGGGCCGGCUUACAGGCUCAGAGGUUCAGUCCAUUAUCAUCAAGGCGGGAACAUGGCAGCAUCCAGGCAGGCAUGGUGCAGGAGGAGCUAAGGGCCGCUAGGAGAAGACUGGCUUCUGGGCAGCUAGGAUGAGGGUCUUAAAGCUCACACCCACAGUAACACACCUAACUCUAACAGGGCCCACACCUACUCCAACAAGGCCACACCCACUCCAACUGGACCACAUCUUCUAAUAGGGCCACUCCCUGGGCCAAGCAUAUUCAAACCAUCACAAGUGACACCCCUGGCUUUGUUUUUCAGAGCUGAGGCCUAACCCCUUGUGCUGCUAGGCACACACCAUACCAUGAAGCUGAAUCCCCAACCCUAUCGUUCCUGCUUUUAAAACACAGUAAGUACAGGAGUGAACCCUGUCCUCAAAGACAUCAUGGGGGCACACUGAAUGUGACCCUGUGAACAAGUGAGUCUUAGGAACUUCAUAUGUGUGUACCAUGCUGUCUCCUUGGUGACCACCUCUGUCCUUCAAUUCCUUUAAAAGAUAAGGGAGUGUGUUGGCUUUUCGUUGCUUUAAUUUUGUCAUUUUAAAAGUCUCAGCAAACACAUGGAAUGUUUCUAACUUAUGUGAAUGUUCCCUAUAAGCACUUCUACAAUGGGGCCCAAGCCCAUGAACACUAACUUUGUGGUGCGCCCAUUUUUAUGGGAAAAGGAUACAAUGAAUAGACAUUAACUAUGCAAAAAUCAGGGCAAUAUUGGGGCGACCAUGAGCCGAAGCCAGAGAGGUUGUCUGUGGCUGAACGGGCCCUUGAGGUUGGGGUAGGGGGUGGCUGAUGAGGUAAUUAAUUAAAUGGCUGAUCCUGGUGGCCCCGGGGAAAGUGGGUUGCGUUUGAUGUGGCUUGAGAAGCAAAGAAUGUAAAUAAGGGUUGGCACCUGGGUUUUUGGCUGGAGUUCUUGGGCACGUGCAGAAACCAUUUAGGGAAGUGGGGCCUGAGAGGGAAACCCGCAGAGAAGAGGGCAUCUUCAAGCGGGAGUUCCCACGGAGCCAGUUGGGACUGUCUGCUCUGAGGGAAGUCAGCCCUGUGACUCAAAAAUACACAAAGAACCCAUGGAGAGGCCAGUGAGAAGAGGCCUGGAUGGCUCGUUUACAGGGCUGGGAAGUUGUUCCUGGAAUCUGACGCCUCCUGUCAACCACUGCCACCAGCCUGGCUUUGUGUGAAUAGCCUGUUAGCGUCACGUCACCGUCACCGUCUUCAUCUCCAGCCCUAAGCUCUCAGGUGACCACAGGCAGCUAAUUCAGGGACUGCAGUCUCACCAGAGCUCCUAGGCCAGGCUGCCUAGCGAGGACGCUGAAACUGUGGAAUAAAUGUUCGUCAUUGUUUUCUGCCAUUGCA